CGCUCAGUGGCACUGAGCGAGUGACGGGUGAUUGUGUGUGCGGCUCGCCACUUCCCUCAGCUGAGGAAGUUCAUAGGACGACUUGUAGACUUGUAACUAUGUAGCUUCGCCCUUACAGUUGUUUUGAAAAUAUCAAUGCAGUGCAGUUGAUAGUACUGAAAUAGUACUCCAUGUUUUUACCGAGGUUAGUGGUGCGGAGAAUGUUGCAGAGUUGAUACAUGAAUGGAAGUUUUAGUACAAGCAAACAUUAGUUUGGCGACAACCACCUGUGAGUGUCUUGUGAUCGCGUAGUACUGCCCACAAGCGCUGGCAGGCCCCUGUGGUGAUGGGGGCCGCGCUGCACAUCCUGCUGCUCAUCGCUCACGCAGCCCUCGCCGCCGCCACCAAGGCAGCGUGGUUUUCGGAGUGGACGGUGGUGCGGGGCCAGGCGGAGCUGCCGUGUCUGGUGCCGCGGCCCACAGACCCCAACGACAAACCGCUGCUGGCCCUCUGGUACAAGGAGAACCAGCCCACCGUGCCCAUAUACAGCUAUGACACGCGGAGCAGCUCGUUCAGCGACGGGGAGCGCUGGACGGCGGAUGAAUAUUUUGGCACCCGAGCCUUCUUCCGCAUCAUGUCCGACCCACCGACGCUGGUGGUGGACGGCGUGCAGGUGGCGGACGAGGCUGUGUACACCUGCCGCGUGGACUAUAAGGUGCGCCCGUCCGCCAUCACCAAGGUCAACCUCACCGUUAUAGUGCCACCCGGGCCGCCCACCAUCGUCAACACUAACAACAACAGGGACCAGGUCAUCAACACAGUGGGGCCGCUGGAGGAGGGCGCGCACACAGAACUCACCUGCAAGUCAGCGGAGGGCUCGCCGACACCCACACUCACCUGGUGGCGCGACGGGGAGAGGCUGGACCAGCUGGUGACACUAAGUGAGAAGGGCGUGGCCAGCAGGAUCAGCGUGGUGGCGUCCCGGUCACUGCAGGGCGCUACUCUCACCUGCCAGGCACUCAACAACAACAUCACGGAGCCCUCGUCCACGUCCGUCACUAUCAACGUGCUGCUGAAGCCGCUAUCAGUGGAGAUCGUGGGGGACGUGGGCACGCUGUCUGCGGGGCGGCCGGUGGAGCUGGUGUGCAGGGCGGUGGGGUCACGGCCGCCAGCACGCAUCACCUGGUGGAGAGGAGCCCGCAACAUCACAGAAGUCACUCACACAGACAUGAACAACGGCAAUGUCACCACGGGCUCCAUCGUCUUCCGCCCCACGCGACACGACGACGGCCGCCACAUCCGCUGCAGCGCCGCCAACCCGUCCCUGGCGCACUCCAAGAUAGAGGACUCCGUGCUGCUCAGCGUUAGAUACAAGCCCGAGGUGGAGCUGGCUCUCGGCCCCGCCCUGGACCCCGAGGCCAUCAAGGAGGGCGAUGACGUGUAUUUCGACUGCACCAUCCACGCCAAUCCGCCCGCCAGACGCGUCACCUGGUUCCACAAUGGCGAGAUACUUGAGGCCAACAGGAGCGCGGGCCUGAUCAUCUCGGACCACAGCCUCGUGUUGCAGAAGGUGAGGCGGGAGCGUGCUGGCGUGUACACCUGCGCCGCCCACAACAGGGAGGGCAAGGGCGUCAGUAACAGUGUCAAGCUCAACGUAAUGUUCGCGCCGGUGUGCAGCAGCCCGGGGCGCCGCACCCAGGGCGUGGCCAGGAUGGAGAGUGCCAAGGUGGUGUGCCAGGUGGAGGCCUUCCCGCACCAGGUCAACUUUACAUGGCGAUUCAACGGGUCUUCUGAGGGCGAGGCGCUUCCCCUCCACGCCAUCAAGAGUCAAGGCACGUCCUCCAUGCUCAACUACACGGCCUCGAUGGAGCAGGACUACGGGACGCUUCUCUGCUGGGCUGCCAACAAGAUCGGCAUUCAGAAGGAUCCCUGCGUCAUUCAUCUGAUUCCCGCAGGCCCGCCAGACCCGCCACGCAACUGCUCCAUCGCCAACCAGACGAGCGAGGCGCUGGUGGUGGAGUGCACGCCGGGGUUCGACGGAGGAUUGCCGCAGCACUUUGUCAUGGAGGCGUGGGAUGAUGGGGCGCUGCUCUCCAACACCUCCAGCCUGGCGCCGGAGUUCGUGGUGCGCGGCCUGGAGGCGGGCAUGGGCGUCACCCUCAAGGUGCGCGCCACCAAUCCCCGCGGCCAGAGUGCGUCCAUCAACCUGGAGGCGGAUAUCAUGAAGGUCGCCGAGAAGCGCAUGGGACCCCCGGAGAAAGGCGUCCUCAUACCCCCGGUGGUGGGCGCGGUGGUGGGCGGUGUGGGCGCCGUCCUGGUGCUGGUAGUGGCGGGGCUCGUCCUUACCCACUACACUCACCGAUCACGCCCACAGAACCAAAGUAAAAGUGAGUCGCCGCCCACACUCACAAACGUGUAUGUGGGCGGCGGAGGCGACGGCUGCAGUGAAGACGCCCACUCCCUGAACAAGCCGGCCAACCCUGAUGUGGUGAGAGGCACAGGUCAGGAGGCUGGCGGACUGGAGGAGUCGGGGAGUGCAGGAGCGGGCGUUGGCACAGGUGUGGGCGCCCCUCGCUGUGUGGAAGCCGUGGCCAUCCUACAAGGCAACACCGUGGCGGGCGUCACCACCACGCUGCCCAACCCCAGUAAGGGAAUGGACGUGGAGUACGUGGAGGUGAUGUCCGGGGCCCCAGUCAGCUCUGGCAUCAGGCGCCGCGAGGAACCCGUUGUCUACACCAGCCUCGCCCCGCACUCGUACCAGCCUUACCCAGCGCACGUACCACAGAUGGUGGUGAACCCGAGGGACUACGGCCGCGACGCUGACUGUUGCAUGCCCACCACCACCUCCCUGCAUGACCUGGCCGGCGUGCUGCACCCCGCGCGAAGCCACCACUCCGCCGCGCAAGACAGGAGGCGCGAUGAGGGUGUCAACGUAUACGGGACCAUACGCCGCGGCGGUGACAGGGCGGGGGAGGGCGGCGCCCCUCCGCACCCUAGGGCAGUGGGCACCUUCCUGGCGACCAGUCACCAGGAGAGUGCCGUCUAAUAGUCGUCAUAUGUAUAAGUAAUCGUGCAUCACAUUCCAUUUGAUUCCUGUUUGACGGUGUAUAGCUACAAAGUUUACCCGUGUGUAGGUGCUUGUCACGCCAACUGCCUCAGCGCCAGGGACUCCGUCAGCGUCAGUGUGUGACGCUUCAGCCAGUCACUCCUGCAAAGACACUCACUCCUUCGCACCGACUCUGCAGUACACAGUGGUGGCGGCGGCGGCGGCGUGCUUUAUCAGGAAACGAAGAUAACAGACCCCAAGCAGAUCCCAAGACACCGCUCAGGGAACCUCGAAUGUUCCUCACGAGACGGAGCACAAACCAGCACAACGUUAUUUAAUGCGAGUUAUAGGAAAUUAUUUUUUAUUUGUUUCCUAUACUCAUGAAAUCAGGAAAUAAAAUGUUUUUUUAUACAUAUAUUUUUUAUUCUCAUUUGAUGUUAGUUUACUACAAAUUAGAAAUAUGUGAAAUAAAAAAAAAGCAGGCGGAGAUGUCAUUGUGCUCAAGACGAAACCUUUGUAAGACUAGUGUAAAUAUAGAAGGCAGUGUGACACAGCAGACAUCCACGAGACACACGUCGGAGACCACAGGUGUACUGUACCAGAACGAGACGAGGAUUGUGUAUCUUAAGACUUACGAGUGUUUGUUUGCCAAAUGACUUUACAAAAAGUGUACCAUGCUUGUAGACCAAUGAUGAUUUAUUGCGCGAACUAGAAACCAAGACUUAUGUGUAGCAAGCGACCAUAAGCUAUGUACCGAACGACUUCAAUAUUACGAAUUGCGUGGCAAGCGACUGAAGACCACGGAUGUUCCGAAGGGCUUAGUGGUUAGCGUGGGUAGCGUCCUCGCUCACCAGGCCAGGGCGUUGUGCUGCCGAGGGAGGGAGAGACUGCCGCCUCAUCACAGAGCUGAAGUGAUGUUGGUCAUCAUACACACAAACUUGCGAGAAAACAUUGAUAGGAACCUCCGCUACGAAAUAAGCGAUAUACUCACUCAUACACCACCACGCACACACCAGGACUGCAUAUACUAACGCCUCGUACCGAGUAAGAAUACACUCACCACCGCCAAGUACAUACCAACAUGAUGACACCACCACCACCACUACAUUAUACACCACAUUGCACAACUAACUGACCACACAUACCAUCACUCGAACUGUACAUGCAGUGUAAGCAUUAAUAAGAGAACACGGCGUCUAUCCAUCGAUGUUCACCACCACCACCACCUGCACCACCACCACCCUUGUCAUCUUAGUAGGCAGAUCUGUGUGUCAACAUCCUUUUCAUUUUACUCAUUCCCUACCUCAGUGUGAUUUUACAGUUAUAAAAAACUAAUAUAAAAAUCAGUGAUACUUGUCGAUUCCGAAUAAAACCGCCGUGAGAUUUAUGAUAUUAUGUGUAAAUGGAUUUAUAUUACAAUUGCGUCCCGUAUUUCAUUCCCAAGUUAUUGUGUAUCCAGGUUCCACCGCUGCACACAAGGGUUGCCUGGCUCUCUCUACCGGUGGCCGAGUUGUAGCGGUUUUAGCUUACUGGUGUAAUGAAGGAUCGCCUGUUCCAGAGUACCGAUAUACAGUACUGCAAUGUUGCCAGUCACAUCGUUUGACCCGGUACAUUAACAGCCCCGCUUCUCCCGGUACACUGAUAUUCUUGGCCCAAAUGUUAAUCGAGACAGUAGGAAUGAUCUCCUUUCCUAAAAUUCACCGGUACACACACUGAGUUCACGGUACACACACUGAGUUCACCGGUACAUUUCUCUUUCAAAGACUAAUCUAAAGAAAUUUUUCGCGACGUCUUUUUUUUCUCUCCGUCCUCGUGUCUUUUCUCAUGUAAUGGCGGGGAAAACUCUUGAAAUGCUAUCAGUUGAGAGAUAUUCAAGACACGCUAAGCCUCUGUGGCCUUCAGGAGACAGAAGAGUCGAGGGGAAUCUUGCAAACCUCACGCGCUAAAUGUCACUCGCCCAACACGGAGUCUGUCCAGUCCUUCCUUGAUAAAGAUUUGUAAAAGUAAAGAAUAACGCUGAACAGUUGGACUUACAACAGAGCUACAAAGAUUCAGAGGAACAGAUUAAAUAGACUGAAAUAACAUCUCCAGAAACAGAUUCUCCCCCUUUUUGAAAUUUCUUGACUUAGUUAAGAGUGGCAGUUUUUACUUAUUGAUUGAGCUCUUAACGAAAAUAAAAUUGAAGAAAAUACAAUUAGCGACUGAUUCAUUAUAGGCGACGUAAUAACUAAAGAUGGAUUCUUUCAUUUAUUUCUAGGCGCCGUAGUGGUUGAAGACUGACAGAUUUCAAGGCGCCUUUGUAACUGGACACUAGUAUAUGACGUCAUCUUCACUUGGCGCACAGGGAAAGGAAAGCAGAGGGUGAAACUACCAUUGCUGGCGCCUCUGUACGUAGACAACGAUGCGUCAAUGUAAAGGCUGAUAGAAUUCACUGAUCCAUGUGCUUUAAAUACGCCACUACAACAGGAUCACACACACACACACACACACACACACACACACACACACACCUGUUACGAGAUGAUUAUAAUGAAAUAAUUUAUACGAAAUAUAUUAAAUCUCAAGUAACAUUAAGUAAAGGUGAAGAAAUUUGUUAUAUUAAGCUCUAUGUAUUUUAUCUUGGAAAUGUUGAGUCAGACGAGGGCUGGAAGCUGUCUCUUAUCCACCCUAUUUCCUCAUGGCUUAUUGACUGUUUAUGUAUGUAUUGUAAAUAGGCGGGAGUGCAGAGCAGGGGAGAGAGGGAGGGAGGAGCCGCUCGCCACUGUGGUUCGCGGUCCACCACCAUCUUGUUGCCAAACAGAACUAAACUAAACUGGUCCCUACACAUCUCGAAACAAAAAUCUAACUCUUGUUUACGUGUACCGAUUUAGUUUGUGUAUAUAUGUAGAUGCAUAUAUGUUAAAACAUCCCGUUUAAAUACUGCACUAUAUAAAUCAUUAUACGUAUCUAACUGACGAACGCGGACGAGAGAGAGAGAGAGAGAGAGAGAGAGAGAGCUCACGUUGUGAUAGUGAGGUGAGGAGUCGCGCGUCCUGGACCUGUGCUGAGGUAGUGACUCAUGAAGCAUACGUAUAUAUAAACUUUUGUACAUCUUGAGACGAUUGUGAAAAUAUUUUUACAAUAAACCCGAACGUGA